AUGGCCGCGCUGCGCUUCGGGCCGCCCCCGGCGGAGCUGCCCGCGGUGCCCCCCUCCUGCCCGCCGGGCCGGUGGCUGUGCGGGACGGCCGGGGGCAGCGGGGGAGGACCCGGCGCGGCCCCGGCGCCCCUCGCGGCGCCGCCCCCGGCGGCGGAGGGGGCUCCGUCGGCGCAACGUCGGAAACGGACGAGCUUCACGGCGGCGCAGCUGGAGACGCUGGAGCUGGUGUUCCAGGACACCAUGUACCCCGACAUCUACCUGCGGGAGCGGCUGGCCGACGCCACGCAGAUCCCCGAGUCCCGCAUCCAGGUCUGGUUCCAGAACCGCCGCGCCAAGUCUCGCCGGCAGCGGGGGCCGCCCCGGCCGGGUCCCCCCGCCCCGCCGCCGCCCCAGCGCCCGCCGUGCGGCGCGGCCCCGCCGCUCCGCGCCCGGGAGGAGCGCCGCGAGUGGCCGCCCCGCGCCGCCGGCCCCGCGCCGCGCCCGCACGGGGGGAGCGGAGGCGCCCCGGCCGGACCCUACCCGCCCCGCCCCGCGUUCCCCCUCCCGGCAGGCGGCGGCUUUUCGGAGCCGGGAAUGGAGUGGGAGGAGAACGCCCUCGGCGCCUUCCGAGCCCUCUGACGGCCGCCCGGCCGUGCCCUGCCC